AUGGACGAGGAAGCAGCCAAACCUAGAGACUCGACCUCAAAUCAGCAUCAAUAUUAUUACGGAACGUUUCAAGGCGUAGCCAAUUAUCACCCUCCCGCUCCGCCACCGCAAUUGCUACCUCUGCCGCAUCAUCCGAUUGCUGCGAACCCCUUGUUUCCUGGACAUGUUUAUCAGAAUUUUCAAGGUCCUGGUGGUGGUGGUGGUUUUGUGAAUUAUGUUCAAGGAUUCCCAGUUGUUCCCGAAUAUACAGUGAUUGAAGUGAGACCGAUGAGAGAGCAUGAGCUUCCUUGCUGUGGCUUUGGCAUGGGCUGGUUCUUGUUUAUCAUAGGCUUCUUGUUUGGUGGAAUCCCCUGGUACCUCGGUGCUAUUAUCGUUGUAUGCACAUCUGUUGAUAACCGCGAGAAGGCAGGUUACGUUGCCUGUGCUAUCGCCUCUGUUGUCUAUUUGAUUGCGUUCACGCUUGGGAUGGCUGGGAAUGUUCAAAUCUGGUGA